AGGAUAUCACUGACGAAGAACUGUUUUGUGUUUUUCUUUCCUUUCUCCCACAUUCAGCGGAAAACUGGCGAGCAGGGACUUUUUUGUUCGUGUAGGUAUUUGUUGUGGGAAUGUGUUCGCCUCGGUAUAAUGACGCGUCGAUUGCCGUUGAAUUUUCUUCUUUAUUCUCACAUUGGAGUCAAAACUGCGUUUUUCCUCCGCGCACUUUCCGCCGCAUCUGCAUCCUAACCGAGAUACCUAUACGAGGUUUGACUCUUUGGUGGUGUUGUUAUUUGUUGGCUCCGGUUGGAUGGUAUCUCGGGUGUUCUGUUCGGGUUUUUGUUGUUUUCCAUUUUUUGUUGGUUCGGUCGCUCUUUUAUCAAAAUAUCAACAGUGGAACAGAUUAUGAUGGGACCAUUAUGUGUUUAGAAUUCGACUUGAAAACAUCGUCGCGCGAACGGAAGAUAUCUCGCUUAUUCUCGGUCUGAAUCGGUGACUGGCUUUGGGAACUCUAACGGCUUCCACGAGUGCAGAUAAGAGGGAAACACCGGAUUUCGGAUAGGAUUGCUCGCGCUUCCAUACCGUGUGAUCUCCCAAAGGUGUGUUUGCCAAAUGUUAGAAAAAAUGUUGCAAUGUGAAUUUGUCAAAGCUAGAAAAUCAACGCGAAAUACAUAAAAAAGGGUAAAAAAAUGACCGAGAUCGAUUGCAUCUGAACUGCACAUAAAAAAUCGCACUGAUAAGAGGCAGACUAAUUUAGUACAUGCUUUCAGGGGACAAUGAUAGCGGAGUCGCGUUGUUGCAAAGAUAAUUGAAGUGAAUUGAUUGCAGUGUUUGACAAAAAAAAAAAAAACGUAAACGAAUUGCUCCAGAAGAGAUAUCAAACUCGACUAUUUCGUAAUAAAGUGAUAUAAUCGUUAUACGGAGAGCACAAGUGGCAAAUAAAACGCCGAAAUAAAACAAAAGAAUUGUGAGUGACGCGGGACAGUGGCGUGUGCUGAGCUGUAGUGACCUAAUUAGACGACAACGCAAAAAAAUCUCAAGUUCACAAUGGACAUGACCAUUGCUUCAAAAUUGCACCUGUCAUGCAGCAAUAACGGAAACGGGACUCCUAACUCAGUCGGAAGCAGCAGCAGCAGUAGUAGCAGUGGUGGUGGUGCCGCUCCCGGAAGUGAACACAUCAAACGGCCGAUGAAUGCUUUCAUGGUGUGGUCCCGGGGGCAGCGGCGGAAGAUGGCACAAGAUAAUCCCAAGAUGCACAACUCAGAAAUAUCGAAGAACCUGGGAGCACAGUGGAAGCUGUUGACCGAGGGUGAAAAGAGACCAUUUAUUGACGAGGCGAAGCGACUAAGGGCCCUUCACAUGAAAGAACACCCCGACUACAAAUACCGUCCCCGGCGGAAGCCCAAAACCUUGGUCAAAUCACCGACACCAGCCAACGCAGCCAGCAGCUCAUCACCGGUAACCUCCAAGGAGCCGCUGCGAUCACACUCACCCCAAAGCAAGUCACCGUACAGCCCCUCCCCUCUGGCCACACCCAUCAGCAUCCCUCCGGGGAUCUUCCCUUCCUAUCACUUCGCCUACGAUCUGCACCAGAAAGCGUUCUGGAAUCUCUACGGCUCCCACAUACUAUCGACGAUGGUUCCUCCCUACACUGUACCCCCACACUCUCCGCAUCCACUGGCCUACAUCAAACCUUCGAAAUCAUCCCCUCCAUCUCCUAUUGCGCCUCCUUCACCCAUACCGUCGAGUAACGUCAUCUGACCUACGCCGCUGCGCUACAGUGCAGAGCAUAGCGUCUAAGGAAUCCCCAAUCUCCGCUAACUUUGCUUGCAACAUCGUCUGGUGUGAACGCAAAUUAAUUCAACAUAGAAGAAUGUCCGUGAAACCAAUAUAUGAACGCACUAUUGUUAGUUUUGUGAUAGGCUUCAACGAAGGAGAAAUGAAAUCUUAUUCAUAUCAGUGCAAGCUACGAAGGAGAAACCAUCCCAGUGAAAUGAAAAUCAUUGAUUUUACAAUGACUUAGGUUCGUUACAUUAAAGGAUAUCAAAUCAAUCAAAAUUGUUACGAAAAUUAGUUGAAUUUAGUUUUUUGUUCUAAGAUUCGGCAACAAAUGAUUUCUCAUUUAUCGUACACCUAAUUGGUAAGAGUGCAAUAGGUAAACUUAGUAUUAAUUAAAUAAAUUAGAGCUCAUUUUAGAUUUAGCCCACUGUAAAUAUGUCCCAACUAUCAAAGACAAGUCCUGAAAUAAUGUCUCAAAUUCAAAGAAAAGCAAGAAAACCGUUAUCAAAACGUUAAUACAAAUAUAGUUGUUUGUCGAGAUUGUAAUGGUGUGUGUAUCGUGAGAUAACUCAAAUCCGUCAGUAUCACACACCAAUCUCUGUUAGGGAACGGUGAGAACGAAGCAUUCCUUGCCAUUUACCGUUGGAUAUCGUACGUAAAACACGUCAUCCUCUUCGGAUGAUCAAACAUAUAUGCAUGUAUCUGUAAAAUUUGGUGAAGAUUUGACACAGUGCUCUAUUUCUCAUUACAAUUUACUUUUAAUAAUAAAAAUGCGAUUAUGUCGAAAAA